CGGACCAAUCAGAGACCAGCGGCGGGAAACACAGCUGAUCGAGCAGGAGGUUUGGCGCUAGUUUGGUCCAUUUCUUCAGAAGGAGACGGACUGACAGAGAAGCAGAGAGAGCUCCAACACAGAGACUCCAGUCCGAGCCGAGGAGACUUCUUUUUAACGUUUUAAGAAGGUCAAACACAGAAUGCCCAGCACUCGCUCUCAGGGCCGGGCUCAGCCCACGCUGCAGUUCCCCCGCCGCAAAUCCUGCAGGGCUUCGUCCCGCUCCAAGACGCCGCAGCUGGACAAGUCUCCGGCUCCUUCACCGACGAAGCCCAAACACCAAACCCUCACCACCACCACCCUGACCCGGAUCGGACCGCUCUCCCCGAGACGACCCGCUGACCAGCCCGCUCUUCUCUCCCCAAAGCGACCAGUCGUCCACCCAGACCCGCUGUCGCCCAGACGUCCUGCAGCUCAGGCGCCACCUUCCUCUCCCAGUCUGCAACCAAGGCUUCCCCUCAGCCCCCGAAAACGCACAGGUGACGACAACAGCUGCAACCUCGGUGCCGCCCUGCUGGGAUCACCGCCGAAGCAGAGCAGGUCGUCUCUGGCCUCGCCGAGGAAGCUGGGCUUCGAUGAGAACUCGCCGGUCUUAGCUCGCCGUCGGCUGGUCCCGUCCUCGCCACUGAAGCCGCUCUCUCCCUCCGCCAAGUCGUCCCCGAGGAGACAGGAAGCGCUCGCCGGGGGUCUGAACUCUGAGAAGAAGUCGCCGGUUUCUCGUCUCUUUGCGGAAAAGUCGAGGUUUCAGGGCGUGAAGCAGGCUCUCCACACCGCUGUCCCCGAGCGCCUGCUGUCCCGGGAGGCGGAGCGAGCGUCCAUCCGCUCCUUCCUGGAGGAGAAGGUGCUGCAGCGUCUCCCCGGCAGCCUCUACAUCUCCGGAGCUCCGGGAACCGGCAAGACGGCCUGUCUCAACUGUGUGCUGCAGGAGAUGAAGGCCGAGCUGGCGUCGGUACAGACGGUGGUGGUGAACUGUAUGAGUCUGCGCAGCUCUCACGCCAUCUUCCCGCUGCUGGCCGACAAGCUGCGAGCGUCCGACGGACAGAACGGCCUGCAGAGGCUCCUGACGGCCCCGGGGCCCGCUGUGCUGCUGGUCCUGGAUGAGAUGGACCAGCUGGACAGUAAAGCUCAGGACGUCCUCUACACCAUCUUCGAGUGGCCGUACCUGCCGAAGUCUCGCCUCUGUCUCAUCGGUAUCGCCAACGCUCUGGAUCUGACCGACCGCAUCCUCCCCCGGCUGCAGACUCGGCCUCACUGUCGCCCCCUGCUGUUACACUUCCCUCCCUACAGCCGACAGGAGCUCACCGCCAUCGUCCAGGACAGACUCUCCAAGGCGUCGGCUGAAGGGAUCAUGGACGCCUCGGCGGUUCAGUUCUGCGCCAGGAAAGUGUCGGCGGUGUCGGGAGACGCCAGGAAAGCUCUGGACAUCUGCAGGCGAGCCGUAGAGAUUGUAGAAUCUGAUGAGAGAAAGAAAACAUCUGAUCCCAAAGUUGAUACUAAAGCGUCUCGGGUGAGCCUUCCUCAGGUGGCGCGGGUGUUGUCGGAGGUGUACGGCGACCGCAUGGCGUCUCAGUGCGGCGGCUCAGAGGGAGAGAGUUUCCCCCUGCAGCAGAAGCUGCUGGUCUGCUGCCUGCUGCUGCUCAUACGCAACGGAAAGAGCAAAGAGAUCGUCCUCGGAAAGCUCCAUGAGGUUUACAGCCGUCUGUGCGCUCAGAGGCAGGUCAGCGGAGUCGGUCAGGGCGAGUGUUUGUCGCUCUGCGGUCUGCUGGAGAGUCGAGGAAUCUUCGCUCUGAAGAAAGCCAAAGAGGCUCGACUCACCAAGGUGUUUCUGAAGAUCGAUGAGAAAGACGUUGAAAACGCUCUGAAGGAUCGAACGCUGCUGGGCAGCAUCCUGGCUGCAGGACUCCCACAAUGAUCUUAUUUAUUUUUUAUCUUUUUUUUUUUUUUUAGUUGAACUUAUGAACCAAGAAUUUUCAACAUAAUGAUUUUUAUUCUCAUUUUUGCUGGGAAUUUGUACAGUCUUCUGAAUUUUUUUCAGACGAUUUUUUUUUAUUGUUAUUUUUUUCUUAAACUGGUGUCGACGCUCAGUUUUGGGUGUCAAACAAACGUCAGUUGUGAAAUAACAACAUUUGUUUCAGUUGUGAUUUGAAACAUUUCUAUUUUUAUGCUGUAAAUAAACAAAUUUACAGACGUUUUAA